UUAGUCACUGCUAGCUGAACACUCCUACAGGCCCCCAGGGAAACACACAAGGAGGGGGGGUGAUAGUUGUGAUGACAAGCUUGCCUUUUAGCAGAAUAGGCCUAUGGGGACAUAAGUGUGGCUCUGCGAGCGGCUGUCCAAUCCUCUCUGCUCCUACAGGAACCAGCCUCACUGCCACUGUUUUGCCAUGAGCUCAGUGACAGUUAGGGCAACACAGACAACUAUUUUCCACCCGGCAGGUUAUCUGCUGUGCGGUUUGACUGAGCAUCUUGGAUAAAAAAUGGCCAUCCGAUACAUCAAGCACAAAUACCUGUGGAUUUAUGUUUUGAAUUAUGAGAAACUGUAGAAUAAAACAAAAAUGGAGAUUCCAUCUGUGGUGAAUUUGGAGGGACAUCCGUUUCGGACAGUUUUAGGAUCACAGAAGUUUUCGACACAGGAGUCGUCUUCAGAUAACGUCUCACCAGACCUCAGAAGGGGUGAUUGUCUCCCUGAAGCCCUAAGCUGCUCGCUGCUGGAGCCGGAUCAGGACAAAACCAAGCUGAAGAAGAGUUCUGUCUGUGUCGGUCAUAUCAGCACUGAAUUUCCUGAGGCUGUGUGCUUUGAGGAGCCCGGACAAGUGUCAAUCGCUCCCGAGGGAGCAUCCCCUGGCCCGAAUCCACUGACCUCAGCUCAGCUUCAAGAAGCAGGUAUUGUGUUCACAUCACCUAGCUCAAAUGAAGACUGCUGCGGUAACUUUCCACUUUCUGUUCCUAUCAUAGACGGUCAGUCAGACCAGGUGGUUUAUAAUCAUGCUGGUCAGACGGUAGAUUUGAACUGUGGGUGUGUGAAAACAGACUUCCAGAGUUUAGAGACAAUCUCAAAUGGCCAUGUCAACAGACAUCCAGAGGACUCGUGCUCCAUCCACAAUCUAGACUCUGUUCCUCCCCUCAUCGGCCCCACAUCUGUCCCUGAUUCAUGCCAGGGAGUCCUGGAUCUCCCACGCAUCGUGAAGCACAAACUGACCUCCAUCACCUUCUCUGACCACACUUGUACCACCGGAGGUGACAUCCAUGCUUUUGCCAAUGAGAGCUCUGAUGAUGGGGAGUCUUCACCGGAGGAGGAGGAAAAGGAGGACGAUGAUGGUCACGAUGAGGGUGAUGAGGAUGACGAAAACGAUGUGUUUCCAGAGCUGUCUCAGAGUAGAGAGCUCCUUGUCAAUCACAGAUGUAGGAGCAGUGGCAAAGACAAACAGAAGAGGAGAAGUAAUCAAACAGCCAGCAACAAUGGUUACGAAGCAGAGGGGGAAACCGGCAGCAAAGAGGAGUCUCCUCAGGUCAAGUCUCCCUGGUCGGAAUCAAUGAGCCAUCUGAUGAGGAAACUGGACCAACUUAAUCUUGACAUAGAGGAGGCUCUGAGUGCGAGCUCGUCACCCUCCGACACACCCUGCACUACCCGCAAGAAACAGUGGGGUGCUGUUUCAAAGUCCACUUCAAACCGAACCCCGAACAACCAAGUUCUCCAAAGAGCAGACGGAGGGGAAUGUCCAAGCCAAGGCAGAUCUUCUGCCCCUCGCAGCGCCUCAGUGGGAACAAGGGCAAGAACCAAGAAGACGAUGUUCAAUAAGAUGACUAACGCAGCAGGUGCAGAAAUCGAGGCGAAAGAGGCGUGCGACUGGCUGAGGGCAGCAGGAUUUCCCCAGUAUGCUCAGCUCUUUGAAGAUUCCCAAUUCCCCAUUGACAUUUCGCCUGUGAAAAGAGAUCAUGACUUUCUGGACAAAGAUCUCGUGGAACCUCUUUGCAGGCGCCUCCACACCUUGAAUAAGUGUGCCUCUAUGAAACUUGACGUGAACCUUCCGAAGAAGAAAAGUGAAGACUCUGAUGAAGACGACCUGUUUGCUAUCAGUGACAAAUGGACCUUUGAGUGGAGCAGCCGGCGCUGGUCCAGGUUACAGGACAUUGACUGUCUGCUGGGGAACCACAGAGAGGGCCAGCCCUCCAGGGACAGCUUACCUCUGAGGGCCACCACCAGCAGCGAGAGUGUCCUGACGGACCUCAGUGAGCCAGAGGUCUCUUCUUUGCACAGUGAGAGCAGCGGGGGCAGCGGUCACAGGGGCCUGAGUACAGAGGAUUCUGACUGCUCCAACCGCACGUGCUCGGACUCUGCAGCAAUGCCAGACUCUACUUCUCUCACAAUGCCUCACAUCCCCAAAGAAAUUGCUCACUACGGCUCACUACCUGACAAGCACGGCAAGACAAGCAGCACCCGUGCCAAAGACUUCCUGAAGCGCAUGGAGACACUGCGCUCCCGAGGAACUCUGGGAAGUGGUCGUAAGGCGUUAGUCAUCAGCUCUCCAGUGCUACAGCAGGAGGCCCGGGCACUGAAAACGCUGCAUUGUGUUGAGAUCAUAAAUGGAAACGGUGUGGCUCAAGAACCACUGUCCAACAAAGUUCAUCCGUCCCAGUGUAGUAGUGAGGGCAGCAGCCAUUCUAGUGGCAGCGCUGUUAGCACACCCAGCUUGAAAGAGCGCAAGCCUCAUCGGGCUGACCACAAGCGCAGUGGCAUGUAUCUAGAGGACAUAGACAUCUUCUCAGGCACCCAAGUGAAUAAAGUCGCAGAACAAAACCGCAGGAAUGAAUUCUGCUCCUAUGAAGACCUGGUGGUCCAUAUUCCUAAAGACCACAAGCCAGGAACCUUCCCCAAAGCACUGUCCAUAGAAAGCCUGUCCCCAACCAAUGGGGCCUCUAUUAACUGGCACACCGGCAGCAUGCAUCUGGACUCUCCACUAAUUUCACGCAGAAGGGAAUCCAGGCCUGUCACCCAGUGCUGCUCCAGAGGUAGCCGCAUCAGUGUGUAUGAUAAUGUUCCUGGCUCACAUCUGUACGCCAGCACUGGAGACCUCAUAGAUCUAGAGAAAGAGGACCUGUUUCCUCACCUGGAUGAUAUCUUGUUGCAUGUCAAUGGCCUUCAGCAGAUAGUGGACCACUGGUCUAAGAAUGUGUUGCCUGGAGGAGAAGGGCUGGCACAGGUGGAUGGCGAGAGGGAAGAUACAGUCCGACUCCAGUCCUCUAGUCAGAUCACAUUGGACUUUGAGGGAAAUUCAGUCACAGAAAGCCAGACCACACCUAGUGAUGGGGACAGAGACCGGGUAUCACUGGCUGAGACAGAAUCUACAAGGCUCAGGGAAAGGAGGGACUCAGGAGUAGGUGCUUCACUCACACGACCAAAUCGGUUACGAUGGCCCAGCUUUCAGAUCUCUAAUCGCCUGAGUCACUCAGUGGCAUCCCUGCAGAUUACCAACCAGUCAGCAGGCCAGCUGAGUUUGUUGCAGAAGUUUUCUCUGCUACGUCUUACUGCAAUCAUGGAGAAGUACUCCAUGUCCAACAAGCAUGGCUGGACUUGGUCUGUGCCUAAGUUUAUGAAGAGAAUGAAGGUACCAGACUAUAAGGAUAAGAAUGUGUUCGGAGUGCCUCUCAUAGUGCAUGUGCAGCGCUCUGGACAACCCCUGCCCCUUGGCCUGCAGCAGGCCCUGCGGUACCUGAGGAGCCAGUGUCUUGACCAGGUGGGUCUCUUUCGUAAAUCGGGGGUGAAGUCUCGAAUUCAAGCUCUGAGGCAGAUGAAUGAGAAUUCCCCUGACAAUGUGAACUAUGAGGAUCAGUCUGCCUAUGAUGUGGCUGACAUGGUGAAGCAGUUCUUCAGGGAUUUACCUGAGCCUCUGCUCACCAGCAAACUGGGGGAGACGUUCCUCCAUAUCUACCAAUAUGUGCCAAAGGACCAAAGGUUGCAAGCUGUCCAAGCAGCCAUCAUGCUGAUGUCGGAUGAAAACCGAGAGGUGCUGCAGACGCUGCUCUGUUUCCUCAGCGAUGUCACUUCUUCUGUAGAGGAGAACCAGAUGACACCCAUGAACAUUGCCGUUUGCCUGGCCCCCUCCCUCUUCCAUCUCAACAUACUCAAGAAAGACAAUCUCUCACCAAGGGCCAUGCAGAAGAAGUAUGCCACUGGCAGGCCAGACCAGAAGGAUCUGAAUGAAAAUUUAGCAGCAACACAGGGCCUUGCUCAUAUGAUCAUUGAGUGCAACCGUCUCUUUGAGAUCCCUCAUGAGAUGGUUACUCAGUCGCGUAAUUCAUAUGUGGAGGCUGACUUGCAUGCACCAACAAUAGACGAGCUGUGCAAGCAGCUGGAAGAUGAUGAUGGAACAUACCAAACACAUAUGGAGGGGAGGCUUCAGAACCUGCUCAAAGAGGCCCGGGAAAAGUCCAAGUCCUGGGUGUCAUGCAGCAGCUCUGAUAACACAGAGCUCUACUAUAAGAAGGUGGGAGAUGGGAACCCUUUGAGACGCUGGAGAGUGUCUGUGGAAGUGGAAGCGCCACCAUCUGUCGUGUUGAACCGGGUGCUGCGAGAGCGCCACCUGUGGGAUGUGGACCUGCUACAGUGGAAAGUGUCUGAAACACUAGACAAGCAGACAGAGGUGUUCCAGUAUGUUCUCAAUCGCAUGCCUCCUCAUCCCAGCAGAGACUUUGUAGUUCUCAGGUCAUGGAGGACAGACUUGCCCAAAGGUGCCUGCUCCCUUGUUUCUGUGUCUAUAGAGCAUGAGGACUGUCCUCCUGUUGGAGGGGUACGAGCUAUUGCCCUGGAGUCCAACUACCUGCUUGAGCCCUGUGGCUCUGGGAAGUCCAGACUAACUCAUAUCUGCAGAGUGGACUUAAAAGGAAGGACUCCAGAUUGGUAUAACAAAGCCUUUGGUCACCUUUGUGCCGCAGAAGCUGCCCGGAUCCGCAACUCCUUCCAGCCACUAAUCACGGACGGGCCAGAAACCAAAAUCUGAAACUAUUUGCCAGUUGUGUCUGCUCAGGCUUGAGAUCAAGAGUGAGCCUUUAAGACAUUGCCAACAGGCAGACACGAGGCAUAGACAGGACCCCAGAACUAAAGCACAGUUUAUUCAGUUUUUUUUUUAUUCAGAGUACAAAUGCUCUGAAAAUUAUUUUGAGCUCCUCUGUACUUGCACAAGGACAAAAAAGGACAUCUUAUAGGUGCUGAGCAUAAUUACUCAUUGGGAAAUUAAUCAUCCUGCCAAUAUUGUUAGAAUUAGGAUUUUAUUUACCUUGAUGUUGCUAAACCUGUAUGCUAUAAUAAUUAUUAUCUUUGAUAAUGUUAUUGUUUUACUGUUGCUAUAAUCUACAAUGUCUAGGACAUUAAAGCUCUUAAAUGCUUCUGGGAAGCAUGUUAUUCAUUUUAGAUUUAAAGCUAUAAUUAUUAUGAUGUACACUCAAGUGUCUGUAUAUAUGUGUGUGAAUAUACUGUACAUGCAAACAAAAUGUAUAUAUUGUGAAUAUGUGAGGCGAUAAAUAGUACAUAUGUUAAUUUCCUAUAUAUUGAUUCUUUCAUUGUGUCAACCUUCCUGUAAUACACAUGGUACAAAAUUGUAAGCUGGUUUUACUUUGCUUCAGUAUUGCCAUUUUUAAUGGGUGUAAUUUUAUUAAACUUUGACCUCCUGUGGUUGUGAAAAGAAUGACUUAAGGUUUGACUUGAUCAUACCUGCUUUAGGGUACUGGAUUGUGCAGUGUCAAGUACAAUAGACAUCAUUUUUUAAUAAAAAAUAUCAAAAUUGUAAAA